CCCAACCCGCAGUCAGUGAAAUUCCUCCACCACUGUAGCUGGCUUCCUGAUGGGCUGCCAUGGGCAGAUGCUCCCUUUGUGUCAGCUCUCUGGUUCCACAAGGGAACUUAAUUGCUUCUUUACUCUGACUGAAAGCGGCUGUCACGACCACCAGCAGCGUCAGUGAGGUUCAACCAGACCUUUGACUGUCACGUGAAACAGUUAAGGACGUUGCCAUUGGAGGUGUGAGCUAACCCCGCACCGAGUGCCUGGGACAGGUCUCCCCUGGCUGAGCAGUGCAGCCGCAGGCCGGGCUCACUGCAGGGGCUUGUCACGCCGGGAACAGCGAGGGACUCACCUUAAUGAAGGCUGCGAGUCUGGAAAAUGAAAUGGCAGCCUCAUAAAAAUGUCCUAGAUCGGAAGUUAAGCGACGUGCGGAUCAGGUUUGUGGAGAGCGUGAACAAGGCCGUGAUCAGCACCCUCCUGGACGACCUGCUAGAGAGACGGGUGCUGAACGACGAGGAAGUGGAGGAGGUGAAGGAGAGCUGCAGUAAGAAGAGUGACCAAGCCAGGUGUCUGAUUGAUGGGGUGAGGAAAAAGGGUGCCAAAGCCAGCGAAAUAUUCAUCGAGCGCCUCUGUGUCAGAGAUGUCCACCUGGCCACAGAGCUGGGGCUCAGCGCCCCGUCGGGGUCUGCUGCAGAAACCCAGCAAGCACCAUCUCAGGAAUGGAUCCAGCCCUGCCCCCGAGAAUUCGUCCAGCGGAUCCAGAAGGAGGAAGCAAAGGAGAUCUAUUCCAUCCGGGACAAGGCGACGCGAACCCGCCUGGCCCUCAUCAUCUGUAAUGUUGAGUUUGAGCGUCUCCGUAGGAGGGAUGGGGCUGAUGUGGAUGUGAAAGGGAUGAAGAAGCUUCUAGAAGGGCUGGGAUACAAAGUGGAAACCCACUGCAACUUAAACGCCCAGGCCAUGGCAGAGACUCUGAAGCAGUUUGCCGCUCGGAACGAGCACCAGACCUCGGAUAGCACCUUCCUCGUGCUCAUGUCUCAUGGCGUCAGGGCUGGCCUGUGCGGGACAAACUACCAAGACGAGUCCACAGACAUCCUUCCUAUUGACACCAUCUACAGCACCUUCAACAACCAGCACUGCCAGGCACUGCUGGGAAAACCCAAAGUGAUCAUCAUUCAGGCCUGCCGUGGGGAGAACCGCGGACAGGUGUGGGUGAGUGACUCUGCAGAGCUCCCUGGAGACGGCUCCAGCCUCGCUCCGCGGCCCCCUGAAGGAUUAGAAGAUGAUGCAAGUCGCCGAAUCCACGUGGAGAGCGAUUUCAUCUGUUUGCAUGCUACAACGCCAAACACUUUGUCCUGGAGAUCUCCAGAAACUGGCUCCGUCUUCAUCACUCGUCUGAUAAAGCAGCUCCGAACCAAUGCCUGCCGCUUGCCCUUGGAGGAGAUCUUCCGACAGGUCCAGUUCUCCUUUCAAGAUUUUCCUGAUCAGAUGCCCACCAAGGAACGAACUACCAUGAUAAAAAAGUUCUACCUGUUCCCAGGUCAUUAGAACCAGCCCACAAGACGCCGAGAACCAGUAGUUCCUGUUAGCUCCAGUUCAAUUUCAUACAUUCCAAGAAAAAAAGGGACCACUGUGACCUUCUAGUGUGACCUCCUGUAGAGCACAGGCCAGAGACCUGCCUGAACAUAAUUCCUAGAGCAGAGCUUUGAGAAAAGCAUCCCUUCUUGGCUGAAAAAUUGCCAGCGAUGAACAAUCCACCAGGACUCUUGGUAAAUUGUUCCAAGUCCAGUUGUGGGUGCUCAGCCCUCCUAGAAAUCAAGGCCUUGGUACCUCCCAGACUGCUCUGAUUGUAUUCCCAAAGCAGAGCUAGGAGAACCUGGGGCUCCAUGCGGAGUAUUUCUCCUGGAAACACCAGCCCCUCAGGGACCAUGAAGUGGUGCAAGGACAUCAGCCUCUGCCAUGCAGGCUCCAUCGCAGCCCCCGCUUGGUGCUAUGGCUUUAGAAGCAGCGAAAUCCCCAGCUGUCUGAACCCACUUCUGCAGCAACACCUAAAGAGUCAUCACCAUCCCUCUUUCCUGCCAUCGAGGGGCUGCAAGGAACACUCCAUAUUUACUAAUCAAACUCAACUCAGUGCCUGCUAAGUGUAGGACUAAGGUAGCAGAAAAAAAGGGAAGAGAUGGGGAAGGCAGCGACUGUGUCUGAAUCUGAGGACCGAGGUAUAAUAGUGUCUGCAGGCGUCUUGCCCACAGAAUUCCUUUGUACAUUGAAAAUGGGUCUUUCACAACAUUCUGCCAAAGGGCCUAACAUUCAUGCACUGGCUUUGCCUUUGCGAGCAGAAGGGGAAGUGCCUUUUACUCCUUAUGCUUUGUGUCUGCAUCCUCUGACCCUCCCUUCAGAUGCUGUUAGUCUCGCGAUCACUGAGCUGUUUCUCAAACCCCCAACCCUAGGGUCAGGUGAUUAUGGAGGAUCUCAGACUCCAUUUGAAAACAAGAUGGAAGUUUCUAGCUCUCCUGGGUGCAGAAGAAAUCUCAAUGUGACCCCCUCAAAAGCUCAAACCCCAGGAGACCAGUGAACAGAACCCCAGUAUAUUGCAGCCAGUCUCAGGAAUUUGGCAUGCCUGAUGCAGGACUUUUGAAUGCUUGGCACUGGACAAUACCAGGAAUGAUUCCCACAAACCUCUCCCCCUUUGUCUGCACCAAUUGCUGUAUUUCAGUGGGUCAGGCUCAUUCUGUGGAAAGGAACAAUUCCAGUUUCAUGAUGGCCCAUGGGCUAAGUUUAGGACUCCAUACUGCUUGAUCCACAGCAUAAUCAAUCCCAUUUAUUAAUAAGGGUUGAUUCAGAACCCUGUCACAUUCAGCAACACUCACUAGGAAACAGGCUUACUCUCAGGACCACCAUUAUCUUUAACCUUUCUCCGCUCUACAUUUCCUUCCCUUGAGCAACUCCUGCUUCCCCUACCCCCUCAAACAAUCCCAGCUUCUGGAAGCUGUUGGUUUAAGGAUAGCCAGUACAUGAGGUUGCGUCCCUGAUCAUCUUGGUUAAUAGCCAUUCAUCGUUUAUCCUCUAGGAACUUACCUAAUUAUUUUUUGAAUCCAGGGAUGCUUUUGGUCUUCACAACAUCCGAUGGGAAAGAGUUCCACAGGUUGACUGUGCAUUGUAUGAAGAAAUACUUCCUUUUGUAUGUCUUUAAUGUGCUGCCUAUUAAUUUCAUUGGGUGACCCCUACUCCUUGUGUUAUGUCAAGGGCAAAAUAACACUUCCCUAUUCGCAUUCUCCAUACAUUCAUGAUUUUAUAGACUUCUAUUAUAACCCCCUCAGAUAUCUCUCUUCUAAAAUUAACAGUCCCAGUCUUUUUAAUCUCCUCUUCUAUGGAAGCUGUUCCAUACCCUCUACUCAUUUUUGUUGCUCUUUGCUGCACCUUUUCCAAUUAUAUCUUUUUUGAGAUAGGAUGACCAAAACUGCACCCAGUAUUCCAGGAGUGGGCAUACCAUGGAUUUACAUAGUAGCAUUCGGAUAUUUUCUCUUUAUCUAUCCCUCUCCUAAUGGUUCCUAAUUUAGUUUGCUUUUUUGACUGCCACUGCAUAUUGAGCAGAUGUUUUCAGAGAACUAUCCGCAGUGACUCCAAGAUCUAUUUCUUGAGUGGUAACAGCUCAUUUAGACCCCAUCAUAUUGUAUGUAUAGUUGGGAUUAUUUUUUCCAGUGUGCAUUACUUUGCAUUUACCAACACUGAAUUUCAUCUGCCAUUUUGUUGCCCAAUCACCCAAUUUACUUUGGACUUACUUAUCCUGAGUAAUUUAGUAUUGUCUGCACAUUUUGCCACCUCACUGCCUUUUCUGGAUCAUUUAUGAAUAUGUUGAGAAGCAUAUCCAAGUACAAAUCAUGGGUGCACCUGUUAUUUACCUCUUUCCAUUGUGAAAACUAACCAUUUAUUCCUACUCUUUGUUUCCUGUUGUUUAACCAGUUACUGAUCCUUCUUAUCCCAUGACUGAUUAGUUUGUUGAAGAGCUUUUGGUGAGUGACCUUGUCAAAGGCUUUCUGAAAGUCCAAGUACAUUCUAUCCACUGGAUCAUCCUUGUCCAUGUUUGUUGACCUCAAAGAAUUCUAAUAGAUUGGUGAGGCAUGAUUUCCCUUUACAAAAGCCAUUUUAACUCUUCCCCAACAUACCGUGUUUAUCUAGGUGUCAGAGAAUUCUCUUCUUUACUGUACUGUCAACCAAUUUGCCUGGUACGGAAAUUAGGCUUACUAGCCUCUGAUUGCCAGGACUGCCUCUGGAGCCUUUUUUAAAAAAUCAGUGUUGCAUUAGCUACAUUCCAGUCAUCUGAUAGAGAGGCUGAUUUAAGCAAUAGGUUAAAUACCACCAUUAGUAGUUCUGCAAUUUUAUAUCUGAGUUCCUUCAGAACACUUUGGUGAUACCUCCUGGUCCUGGUGACUUCUUACUGUUUAUCAACUUGUGACAGAGCCUCUUUUAUUGACAUCUCAAGCUGGGACAGUUCCUCAGAUGUGUUACCUAAAAAGAAUGGCUCGGGUGUGGGGAUCUCCCCAUGUCCUCUACAGUGAAAACUAAUGCAAAGAAUUUAUUUAGCUUCUCUGCAACAGCCUUGUCUUCCUCCAGUGCUCGUUUAGUACCUCGAUGAUCCAGUGGCCCCACUGACUGCUUGGUGGGUAUACUUAAAAGAAAUGUUGCUGUUAGUGUUUGUGUCUUUAGCUAGUUGCUCUUUGAUUUCUUUCUUGGCCUGCCUUAGCAUACUUUUCCACUGACUUGCCAGAACUUAUGCUCCUUUCUAUUUAUUUUUCAGUAGGAUUUGACUUCCAGUUUUUGAAGGAUGCCUCUAACCACUUAUUUUAUUCUGCUGUUAAGCUAUGGUGGCAUUUUUGGAGGGUGGGGGUACAUUUAGUUUGAGCCUCUAUUAUGGUGCUAUUAAAGAGUGUCCAUGCAGUGGCAGAGAAUAGGGGCAGGGAAGAUCAUCUUUCUCAGAACCAGGGUCCCAGACUUGAGAAGCUCCUGCUGCUUCACUUACACUUAGUUCACAUUUGGAAGAUUUUAGCAGGCACAGAAAGGCUAGAGACUCACUUUUGCGUUUCAGUGGCAGUCAGUUCUGCAGAAUGUGAAUGCCUUCUCCCGUGUUUUAAAGCCAUCAAUCAGGCUGGUUGCAUCCCACAGCUGGGUGCUUGUCACCUUGGCUCCAUUUGCAUUUCCUUGCAACUUGUCUUGAAGGAAAAGGAACAUGCUUUCUUUAAUCAUGCUGGAGUUCAUAUUCUUCCAGACAUUCCAAAAGCCACAUAGACAGGACGAAAAAGCUAUUAGUGCUCUGCUCUGAUUUUAUUACUAUAGGAUUCCCUGCCUCAGUUUGCUCCUCCUCCCUGAGCAGAAGUUGCUGACAGUCACUAAAUAUUCUGCUGUUAAACCCUGGGAAAGCAUUUUCAUCUUCCCUGGCUAGAGAAAAGGAGGUUGGUUCUGAAAUAGGGUUCUGUUUUCCCAGUACCAAUUUUUUAAAGUGCGCUCACAGCCAGCAUUUAGCCUAUCAUUGUUUCUAAAGCCACGAAAUCAAUGCUUUUAUGCUAAGCCUGUAUUUACUUAAGGUGAUAAACUUUUUCCAUUUUCAUCUUUCUUUCCUCACAAGAUGUUUCACCAUUCUGGCAAAACCUGGACACCUUUUUGAUAAAUGAUUUCCCCAAUAA